CGUGAGCGGCCCAGAAGAGGAGCACAAUGUGUUACCAGUUCCUCAUGUAGGCCCGUGACGGCUCGCAACGGGCAAGCAGUGUCGUCUUAUCCUCUCCCUGAGGCUGGACGACGUGAAGGACUGAAUGUCAACUCUCAACCUCACCUGAAGGCCAGGUCUUGACCAUAACUUGAAAGACAAACCAAGAUAGCUUAAGUGGACACCUCUCGGAUUACAAGGACGAGGAAUUACCAGAUGAGUCGCAACAUGGUAUCCUCACACUACUAUGGAGCCGUCGAGAACUCCACUAUCGACUUUCGCUCCGCCAGUCAACCUCACUUGACAAACGGCGACGUCUGCCAGCCACCCAUUUUGCUGCAGAAAUGACAUCUCCACCAAACCCACGCGAGAUCAUCGCAUCUCUCAUCUCAUCCAUCCAGUCUCAAGACGGCGAAUCGUCAGCCGAACAACCCGCGAACCCUCUCAUCAACCAAACUCCACAUCUCCAAAACGCCCUCCUCACUCUGCACGUCCUCUUUCCCAACGAGCUCCUCCCCGCCCUCGAUCUGCUCGACCGCAACCUCAUCACUCGUCUCAUUCUCAACCAAGCACACCCUCAGCACAACCAAAAUGAAGGACCGCACACCCAAGCUCCCUCCAAUCCUCACCCUCUUCCCAGACAUCCUCCCCGAACACCCUACGCAGUCAGCCAAAAUCCGCGCCCUGGAGAACUUCGGCCACUACCCAACCUACCACACCCCAAUCCAGCCUCAUCGCCAUCGCCUGCGCGCCUGGACAACAAGCAACCUCAACCCCCACACCAUCCGCAUCCGCCUCCUCAUCAAAGCCAAAAUCUGGACGGACAAAGUCCUGCGCUUCAUCACCCGGACCCCACGCCCGGAAGUCGAUUUCCAGCCUCUGGCUUCGCUUUGGGACGGCGGCGCGCGGAUGUAUACGUGGUGAGAUCCGCUCAGGUUCUUUCCAGUCGGGGUUAUCGUGGGGUGAAGUACGCUCAGCCUGCUGUUGCUUGCUAUGAAGUCCGCUUGGAGGCGUGGAGUUGUUCGUGUCCUGCGUUUGCGUUUGCGGCUUUUCCUGCUACUGCUGCUGCCAUUCACACGCCAGGGGAGACUAACCCAGAUUCGAGGCGACAAUUGCCUGAUUCUCGACGAGAGAAGUGGACGUUUGGAGGAGAUCUCAUCAAUCUCCCUACUGCUGCCAUGCCGCCUGUGUGUAAGCAUCUGCUUGCUUGCCUUCUUGUCGAGCACAGCAGUCUCUUUGCUGGAGCCGCGGAGGAGCGCGAGGUUGGAGCGGAGGAACUAGCGGGCUGGGCAGCAGGAUGGGGUGACUGAGGUAGGAGGCGCAGGAGAGGGCCGGUUGUUAUUCUCAUACAUACGUCUGCGAACGAAACGCUUGGAAGCGUCACACGCUCUCUU